GGAAGGGGUUGCAGACCCAUCAGGCCAUGGCCCUGGAGAGGGUGAAGCAGAAGGACUGGUACAAGGUCCUGGGGGCCAAACCCUCGGACAGCCCGGCAGAACUGAAACAGAAAUACCAAAAACUUGCUUUGGUGGUAAAUUCAGUAUUACUCUUGAAAGGACCUGCCUACUGAGGAACUUCAUGUUGAGUUUAAGUUGAGAAUUUGAAACUUAAAAAUGAAAACACUUUGAGUUUUAUAUUGGAAGUCUGAUAAUAAUGCUUUUCAUGAGAUUCAGGCAGUGGUUAUUGUCCACAGUUCAUUUGUUAUAAUGAGCAGCUUCUGGUACCUCAUCCUCUGUAGAUUUGUGGUCCAUACACAACAGAAUGGGCACCAGGCAAUUGAAAUGGGACAUUUGGCCAGGAUGUGCUUGGCCUCUGAUGUCAUUUGUGUUCUGCAGAGGAAUCUGAUGCCUCUCUUGAGCGCUUUGUGCCUUAAUUAUUAUCACCCUGACAAACAGGAGGCAGACGUGGCGGCGGCCGAGGCGGAGGAGCGCGUGCAGCGGUUCAUGGAGAUCCAUCAGGCGUGGAAAAUUCUGGGCAACGAGGAGACAAAAAAAGAGUAUGACCUGCAGCAGCGUGAAGAUAACCUGACAAAAGAAUGGCCACUUCAUGAACAGAUUUAUCUUGAGGACAUGUCCUGGAAUGAAGAUGAACAACUCUACACUCUGUCCUGUCGAUGUGGUGGGAAUUACAGUGUCUCCAAGAGUGAAACCCAAGAUGUAUCUUUGGUUUGUUGUGACACAUGUUCACUCGUUAUCGAGAUCCUGCAAUGAUUGUUUCAGUGAAGCACAUUGAGUGUGACAAACGUUUCAAAAGGCUGGACAAACAAGUGACAGCACCUGCUAAAGAAAUGUGUGUUAAAGAAGAAGGGGGCACUACAAGAACAAGUUCAUUCAGGGUUAAAAAGGACAC